AUGCCGCCAAUGCCUCCAUUUCCAAAGGGACGUGUUACGGAGGCGGUCGCGUUUGAAAAGACAGGUCUUGAUUAUCUGGGACCCAUCUACAUAAAGACCUAUGGGGAAUAUAGAAAGGUAUGGGUCUGCCUAUUCACUUGUUUAGUAACUCGUGCAGUACAUUUGGAGACAGUACACGAUAUGUCAACAGAAAAGUUCGUAUUAGCGUUACGGCGAUUCAUUUCGCAACGGGGAUCACCAAUGGAAAUAAACAGUGACAACGCAAAACAGUUCAAGUUAGCCAGUGACACAAUACAUUUAAUCUGGCAAAACACUAUCAAAAGCGAUGACGUGCAAACGUAUGUAUCAAAUCAUGGAAUAAAAUGGAAUUUUAUUGUCGAGCGAGCCCCAUGGUAUGGUGGUUACUGGGAAAGACUUGUGGGUCUUGUUAAACGAUCAUUACGCAAAUCUCUGGGACGUAGAUCAUUGACUGAUAUUCAGUUACAGACUGUUAUCAAAGAAAUAGAAAGUGUCAUCAAUUCUAGACCACUUUUAUAUGUGGACGAUGAUAUAAAUUCUAACAUUACGUUAACCCCAGGACAUUUUCUAACACUGAACCCACGUACGGGCAUACCUGAAGCGGAUUACGAUGAUAAUGAUCCAGAUUACGAACCAUACGAAAGUUCAACGACAAAAUUGUUAAAAUUGUGGAAUAAGGGACAAUUUGGAAAAAAGAAUACCUCAUUAGCCUUCGUGAAAGGACUCAGUCGGAAUUAA